CGCCGGCCGCGCCCACGUGACCGGCCCCGGUGCAAACACGCGGGUCACCUGACCCGGCCCAACUGCGCCGUCAUCCCGGGUAUAAGCGCGCGGCCUCUGCGACCCGCUCCGACCCGACCGCCGCCGCCAUGCAGCCCCCGUGCUUCCUGCUGCUUGCCCUCGGCCUGCUGGCUGCACCCGCCGCCGCACUCGUCAGAAUCCCACUGCACAAGUUCACGAGCAUCCGCCGGACCAUGUCGGAGAUGGGGGGCCCCGUGGAGGACCUGAUCGCUAAGGGCCCCAUCUCAAAGUACUCCCAGGAGAUGCCGGCUAUGCCCGGGGGCCCCAUUCCCGAGAUACUCAAGAACUACAUGGAUGCCCAGUACUACGGGGAGAUUGGCAUCGGGACUCCCCCACAGUGCUUCACGGUCGUCUUCGACACGGGCUCCUCCAAUCUGUGGGUCCCCUCCAUCCACUGCAAACUGCUGGAUAUCGCUUGCUGGAUGCACCACAAGUAUAACAGUGCCAAGUCCAGCACCUACGUGAAGAAUGGCACCUCCUUCGACAUCCACUAUGGCUCGGGCAGCCUCUCCGGGUACCUGAGCCAGGACACCGUGUUGGUACCCUGCCGUUCAUCCUUGUCUGCCUCGGCCCUGGGCGGUGUCAAGGUGGAGAGGCAGGUCUUUGGGGAGGCCACCAAGCAGCCGGGCAUCACCUUCAUCGCAGCCAAGUUCGACGGCAUCCUGGGCAUGGCCUAUCCCCGCAUCUCUGUCAACAACGUGCUGCCCGUCUUCGACAACCUCAUGCAGCAGAAGCUGGUGGACCAGAACAUCUUCUCCUUCUACCUGAACAGGGACCCGGAUGCGCAGCCUGGGGGUGAGCUGAUGCUGGGUGGCACAGACUCCAAGUAUUACAAGGGUUCCCUGUUCUACCUGAACGUCACCCGCAAGGCCUACUGGCAGGUCCACAUGGACCAGGUGGAGGUAGCCAGCGGGCUGACCUUGUGCAAGGGGGGCUGUGAGGCCAUUGUGGACACGGGCACGUCCCUCAUGGUGGGCCCUGUGGAUGAGGUGCGGGAGCUGCAGAAGGCCAUUGGGGCCAUGCCGCUGAUCCAGGGCGAGUACAUGAUCCCCUGUGAGAAGGUGUCCACCCUGCCCGUGAUCAUGCUGAAGCUGGGAGGCAAAGACUACGAGCUGUCCCCGCAGGACUACACACUCAAGGUGUCGCAGGCUGGGAAGACCAUCUGCCUGAGCGGCUUCAUGGGCAUGGACAUCCCGCCACCCAGCGGGCCACUCUGGAUCCUGGGUGACGUCUUCAUCGGCCGCUACUACACUGUGUUUGACCGAGACAACAACAGGGUGGGCUUCGCCCAGGCUACCCGCGUCUAGCUCCUGAGCCGUCCGCCUGCCAGCACAGAGACGGAGAAGGGCCCCGGGGGAGGAGGCCCCCACCCCCUCCACAUUCUCACACCCACACACUCACCCGCCGGUUGCCUGGGCAUCCUAGAGACUGGUGGCCCAAGCCCGACCUGGUUUGCUCUGUGGUUUCCCCUCCCUGGGUUCAGAAACACUGCCUGCCUGUCCGUCUGUCCGUCUGUCUGGAGGGGUAGAGCUGGUCCGGAGCACAGAUCUGUUUCACGCACCUGGAAGACCGCGGCCGAGCUUGGCGGCUGAGCUGGCACAUCCUGGGGCUCCCCUCAUCUCCAGGGAGUCCCCUCCCCAGCCCGCACCAGGCCAUCGUCCUCGACCCUCCCUUGGAAACCUGCCCUGCCCAAGGGCCCCUCUGCCCAGCUUGGGCCCAGCCAGGCUCUGCCACCCCUACCUGUCUAAUGUUUUCAGGCCCGUUGAGGGUGAGGCCAGUGGAGGCCUAGGAUGAGCUGGAAGGAGUGAGAGGGGACAGCCCACCUUGUGGCUACAGGGUGGCCUGGAGGUCAAGCUGGGACACAGGGCUGGCGCCCGCCAUCCUCUGCUACUCACCCCUGCUGUCCUCCCCUUGGGCGGCCGAGAGCCCAGGCUGACCUGGAAAUACAGUUGCUGGCCUCCCUC